AAAAAUGAACAGCAAACUUGGCUUCUCUCUACAUUUACUCACACUGUCUUCACAAUCACCUGGGAAUCUAAUACCAGAGAAACCAUUGCACUCCUGUUGCAGUUUGCAGACUACCAGGCCCAGAGGUUAUUCCAGCAACUUUCCAAUAACCGCUUACUGCAAUUGAUUCCAUGUUGGAGAUGCUUUUUCAGAAUGAAAGUUCAGCCCACAGCACUCCAAGGAAAGGAUGAAAGAGAGACAGCAGAUGCUAAUCAGAAGAAUCGCGCUACAAAUAAGCCAAGGGAAGAUGGCAGAAGGAGAACAACACUGCCUUCUAAAUCUAUCUACAGCCUGUUUGACAAUGAUGGCCGGUUAGAUGUCUUUGGUAUGCGGAAGCUGGUCUACGAGAGAGGCACACAUCCCAUUGAAAGAAAAAUCACCUGGAAGUUCCUAUUUGGUGUGUACCCUGAGAAAUCCACAACUGAAGAGAGGAAGGAGCUGGAUCGGCAAAUGGCUUCCCAGUACCAAUGGAUGAAGCAUUCAUGGAAACAGCGCUUCCCCUGGGCUGCAACCAUGAGGACCCAGUGCGACUUUGAGCUUUCCUUGGCCAUCCAGAAACACAAUGAAGAUCAGAGGGAAAUGGAAGCAGCCAAUCCACCUACAGAUACCUACAGUGAGGUGAGGAAUAAAGCAGAAAGCAUGCUUCUUGAAAAUAAGAUAAUCCAGAGCAACUAGAAAACUUGCUGUGCGCUGCCCUUUAUAAUGUUGUCUGUUGGUUUGGUGCAUGGCUCAGCAUUGCUGUUUGUUUUUUUUACUUAGAUAUGUGCAUAUUUUCCACUUACCACUGAAUGUCCAUAGGCAGUCAGCACUCCUAUAAAAUUAGAGGUU